GGGAAAAUAACCAUCGGAAAUGAGAGGGUGAACAAAAUUAUGAAGGUGUACUACGAGCAAUGGGAUGAGAUGGGAUGAAUGGGAUGGAAGGCCACGGCAACCAUUGAAGGGGUGAACAUCAUCCUCCCGGUGAGGGUGUACAAAAUUACAUUCCUCCUUUGCACCCUCUCCGCCACAGGAACACUCCAAAAGGAGGUGCGGCCUAAAUACGAAAUCUCCGGCCUUACUCUCACCUACACACAAAAACUCAUUGAAUACUUAUAGGUCAAGCUCAGAGUAUUUGCUGCUCCAACAGCUGUAAUUGGGAGGUCUGUUCGCUUCUGAUGCUUCCCCCGUCGUGGAACAAAAGACAGAGUUGAUCGACGGUCUGCCUAGCAAUUCUGGAAUUCUGACGAUUACAGCGGUAAUAAGGACGCUUUUCUGCACCUUUGAUUUUUUGAAGGGAUGGUAAAAUUAAUGUCAUAGGAGGAGAUAACAUCGAACAAUUUCAUGUCUUUUGAGGUCUCACUCUUUUGUCAGUAAUGUUUAAUAGCAGAUCGGUUGUUCAAACACGUAGGUGCCUCAACCCCUCAUUUUUAUAGGAGUAAUAGGGAGCAUAUCUGAUGCUGCUUGAGUAUAUAGAGUGACUGAGAUUCCCCCUGUCGAAAACAAAGAUAAUCAUGCAUUGAUGCAUGUGUUAGAAUGCUUGCGCUCCCAUUAACCUCUUUCAUAUGUAAAGAAGGCAAGGCCUUGUACUUUAGAAGAGAAUUUUCCCAAACAAGUGCCUUAGAUAUUGGAAUAAGUGGAAGUGACUUUAGAACUGUGCAGACAUUAGCCUAUGAUGCAUAGUGGAAUCAGGAUGUGGUAGCAAUAACAUCAGUCAUUUACAGACAUUUCAUUAAACACCUGACAAGCAUAUAGCUAGUUCUCAUAUUUAGCAAUGGAAGAUGGUGAUAGGGACCGGUUCCUAUCAGAUGGAGCAGCGAGAACCAAUGGAGAUAGAAACAGAAAUGUACCUCACAUGUGGAGCCAGUGGCAAUUGCUUGAUUCCGUUCUUCCAACCGGCGGAUUCGCUCAUUCUUUUGGGCUAGAGGCAGCAAUUCAAGUGCGUAUAGUGACCGGACCUGAAGAUCUGAAAACGUAUGUGAUCCAUGUUCUGGAAAACACCGCGAGUCUUCUUCUCCCUUUUGUUUACUCUGCAACCAUUUCUCCGGACAUGGAAACCUGGCACAAGCUUGACCGGACGCUGGAUUCCAUGCUAACGAAUGAUGUGAGUCGAAAGGCGUCAAUUUCACAAGGUUCGGCACUCAUGAGAGUUGCCUCUGCGGUUUUCUCAGAACUCCCGAUUCUCAAAGUGAUGAGAGACACCUCUCUGUGUACCGGAAAUGUGAGAUUCCACCAGGCGCCGAUCUUCGGUAUGAUUUGCGGGCUUCUCGGAAUGGAUCCAGAAGCUUCUCAAAAGGGCUACAUGUACAUAACAAUGAGAGAUUUGGUGUCUGCUGCAACAAGGUUGAAUCUUGUGGGACCCCUGGGUGCAGCAGUGUUGCAACACCAAAUUGCUUUAAUCUCCGAUGAUUUGUCCAGAAAAUGGAUGGGUCGUCCGGUGGAAGAUGCAUGCCAGUCUUGUCCAUUGAUCGACACUGUGCAGGGGUGCCAUGGUUACUUGUUUUCCAGGCUCUUUUGCUCCUGAAUUACUAUGGCCAUAAAUUUGCUGCCUGCCAAUAAUGCCUACUGCCCUUAGUACCUUACUGUGGAACUUAGGUGCUUAAAUUCUUGGUAUGAAAAUCAAGUUACUACAUCUUUAUAAAAAGUGUUAGUAGGUCAGACAUGCUACAACCAUGGGUUUACUGCGCUGAACUGAUUUUCAAGGGCUCUACAUGGUUGAUCAGUAAAGAGCUUAUUAUUAGUACUCCCUAUUGGGUCGGCCCUUAGGCUAUUAUGCCGGCUUUAGAAGGAUGGAUUCAACUUGCUCACUAGCCCGAAUUACAGGAAUGCUUUUCUACUCUUCACACCGGAAUCGAUUGUGAAUCGGCUUGUGGCUAAGAAAGAAGAGUCCCAUUCAACUGAUUGAAAAAAGCUUGGUUCCAUAUUAGGCAUAGCUUAAGAAACAAAAACAAGUAUGUAAUGGUAAGUGCAGAAUUGCAAUUUCAGAGCCGUUUCCGUAAUUAACAGAGAAUUUGGAAACUCAUUUUACUAAAUAAUUAAUGCAAUCAUAGGUACAUAAACUUUUAGUAUAAUUGGUGUACCAAACGAAUCAUUCAUGUUGUAAAAAUAAAUCUUAGAAACCCUAGAAAAAAUAUUGUGUUUUCUGAAUGACUAGUCCAAGGACAAAAAGACUACUAGUCUUUGUAUAAAAUUCACAUGAAUAAUCCUAAUUAUUAGCUAUCUUCUAA